UCUAGUGGCUCUGGGGCGGGGCUGUGGGGAGGGCGCCGACUGACCGACGGACCCCGCCGGGAUGGGGAGUGUGGCUGCUCCGCCAGGGUCCUGCGGGUGGGAGAGAGGCUCCGCGACCACGGGUGUCCGGAGCCCCUCCGUGUUGUGCUAGAGAUGCUCUUCCUCUCGUUUCAUGCAGGCUCCUAAAGCUGGUGCUGCUGCUGCCUGAUUCCAGCCGACAGACCUUGGGACCGGGACUGGGGCCGGCGCUGGCGGCUGGAGAUGGCCGACCCGAGAUCCGUGCACGAAACCAGGUUUGAGGCGGCGGUGAAGGUGAUCCAGAGUUUGCCGAAGAAUGGUUCAUUUCAGCCAACAAAUGAAAUGAUGCUCAAAUUCUAUAGCUUCUAUAAGCAGGCAACUGAAGGACCCUGUAAACUUUCAAGGCCUGGAUUCUGGGAUCCUAUUGGAAGAUACAAAUGGGAUGCUUGGAGUUCAUUGGGUGAUAUGACCAAAGAGGAAGCCAUGAUUGCAUAUGUUGAAGAAAUGAAAAAGAUUCUUGAAACUAUGCCUAUGACUGAGAAAGUUGAAGAGUUGCUACAUGUCAUAGGUCCAUUUUAUGAAAUUGUAGAAGACAAAAAGAGUGGCAGAACUUCUGAUUUAACCUCAGUCCGACUGGAGAAAAUCUCUAAAUACUUAGAAGAUCUUGGUAAUGUUCUAACUUCUACUCCAAAUGCCAAAACUGUUAAUGGUAAAGCUGAAAGCAGUGAUAGUGGAGCUGAGUCUGAGGAAGAAGAGGCCCAAGAAGAAGUGAAAGGAGCAGAACAAAGUGAUAAUGAUAAGAAAAUGAUGAAGAAAUCUGCAGACCAUAAGAAUUUGGAAAUCAUUGUUGCUAAUGGCUAUGAUAAAGACAACUCUGCUCAGGAUACACAGAAUGACAUUCAUGCCGGUUCUUCCUUGAAUGGCAGAAGUGCUGAAGAAAUAAAGGCUGUAGAUGAAAACUUGGAGCAAACUGGAAAAGAUGCUGUCUGCAUUCAUCAAGAUAUAAAUGAUGAUCAUGUUGAAGAUGUUUCAGGAAUUCAGCAUUUGACAAGUGAUUCAGACAGUGAAGUUUACUGUGAUUCCAUGGAGCAAUUUGGACAAGAAGAGUCUUUAGACAGCUUUACAUCAAACACUGGACCAUUUCGAGAUUACCUGGAUGUUGAUCCCAAUCAGCCCUUGGAAUAUUCUGCUUUUCCUGAAGAAGGAUCUCCUGGAAAAGGCAACAUUGGGGAAAUGCAGGUGGUAGCAGUUGAAGGAAAAGGUGAAGUAAAGCAUGGAGGAGAAGAUGGCCGGAGUAACAGCGGAGCACCACACCGUGAGAGACGGGGUGGAGAAAAUGAGGACUUCUCUAACGUCAGAAGAGGGAGAGGGCAUAGAAUGCCACACAUGAGCGAAGGAUCCAAGGGUCGGCAAGUAGGAAGCGGAGGUGACGGGGAGCGCUGGGGCUCUGAUAGAGGGUCAAGAGGCAGCCUCAAUGAACAGAUUGCUCUCGUCCUCAUGCGCCUGCAGGAGGACAUGCAGAACGUCCUUCAGAGACUUCAUAAACUGGAAACACUAACGGCUUCGCAGGCAAAAUCAUCAACAUUACAGACCAGUAAUCAGCCUCCCUCACAGAGACCAUCUUGGUGGCCCUUCGAGAUGUCUCCUGGUGCAUUAACUUUUGCUAUCAUAUGGCCUUUUAUUUCCCAGUGGUUGGUGCAUUUAUAUUAUCAAAGAAGGAGAAGCCUGUAAGGUUGAUACUGGGCCAUCUAUCCUGCAACCUGGAGGAGGCUGAGAUCUGGGCCAUCUAUCCUGCAACUUGGAGGAGGCUGAGAUAAUAAGGCCAACAUCUGGACCUAAGAACUUAGACCCCAGUCAGAUACAGUGAAUUCAAGUGAACUCUGAAAACACUACCCCUCUCUUUAUACAAUUUGUUUACAUGGAUUAAUAAAUUUCCCUUGUUACUUAA